UGGUAAUUUAUCUGAGUAUCAGAUCCUAUAAAAAAAAGCCUCAUAGAAGUGUUUUGACCAAGGCACAUCAUCCUGACCUUCUCUCUAAUGACAUUAGCUUCAGUAAGUCAGUGGACACAAACUGGACGUGUGCAAGUUGCUAAUAAUGAUCUCUUUUACCGAGCUGAGUUCUCUCACACAUUUAAGUCACUGUAAUUUUAUAUAAAAAAGAAUUGAAUAAAUCUGAGUAUACAGCCUGGUCAAAGUGUGAAACUGUCACUGUAGAAGUUUUAAUCUAUUAUUCAAGGAUUUAAAAGUUUUAGUGUCUUUUAGUGUAUCGCACAGUGAAAUUUUGUUAGUGACAUCCUAAGCUGAUUCAUAAAAAAAUACAAACAAACAAUAAAUUCAUUUUAAAAAAGGUGACAACUUUUUGAAGACAAAAAUACUUGAAUACAAAUGAUAAUAAAUAGACAUUUAAUCCAAUAUAAAAGUACAAAACAACACAAAAUCUGCUCAGAGAAGACAGUUAAGACAAAUUUUUUGGGCACUGACUCAAUUUCAGCAUUUUCCUUAUGCAGUGAGAACCUCAUCAGCCGGUAAGAUGACAUUAAGGUGAUAUCAACAAAACAAAUAGGUCACGGAUAACUCUUGUGUCAAAGCAUAAUGAGAGCUGUAUGAGAAAUGGAAUAGUAAAGUGAAGUGGGAAAAGAAAUUUAAGUCUGAUAUUAAUUUAAUAAAGACAGAAUUAAGAAGGCACAAACUAUUCAACUAUUAAAAUGUAAAAAAUAUAUGAAAACAUCUACAUGUUCUAAAUAAUAUUAUAUGGGGCAUCAAAUGCAAAAAGUUGAAUAUACUUUUCUCUAUGACUAUUUAUUUAUUUUUUUGUUUAUUUGUUGGUUUGUUUGUUUGUUUGUUUUAGUUACAUAGUGACUCGUGUCAAAUAACAGUUUUAAGUUUCAGAGUAAAUUUUACAUAUGAAUCUAAAUGUAAAAUGCAAAUAUUAAUUCUAAAUGUUAAAAUGUAAAUGUUAUCUACAUUUUAACUCUAAAUCUUACAACUAAAUCUUAAAUGUAGAAAUUUUAAUAAUUACCCCUGCCCUAUCAGAGUGUCAUUGAGAACACACAAUGCUGGUAGGGUUGCCAGAUUUACACCAUACUAUGCUAGUUUUGGAACAAAGUCUCCUGAUGGCAUUUUUUUUUUUAGCUCAUUUAAGAUAGUCCUCAGCAUCCAAGAUCUUGUUUUAGAGCACAUAAAUCAGAAUUAGUGUUCAGGAUUUUUCACUGCUAAUCCUAGCAGUUAACUAAAAUCAACUAAUCUGUCACGAUUGUCUUAAAGCCAGCUGCCCAACCAUUUGACCAAUACCUUUGCAAACACUUUUUGAUCACCACUGAGCAAACUAAGUGGCCUAUAGCUAGAAGGAUCUCAAAAGUGUUAAUAAAUGGUAUAAGAAGUUGUAAUUCCUCAAUGACAAUCACUAUUAUUUAAUCUAGAGAGGUUUUAAAAAAAAUGCAGCUAACUACUCUCUCUGUUAUAGAUAUAGUGAAUGAGCCCAGUCUCUCUGUAAGUCAUAAUAGCAUUCAUGCAUCCUGGCAAUUGGAUAGCAAGAACUGUCCAUCGAUCACCACAGACUUCACCUGGAAAGUAACGUGCAAAGAACAUGGUUCCACCAGAUAUUUAAAAGGGCACUGUACUAAGAACUCCUGUGAAUUUUCUCAUUUGAAAAGUUUUACGGUAUAUACUUGUGAGUUUGAAGCAGCUUAUGAAAACAAACCAUUUCACACCACUACCAAAACUACAAAAACCUGGCCUGGACAACCGUCUUACACAAAAGGUCCAACAAAAAAAGAUGAAAGCCAUAAUGCUUUCAAAGUGAGCUGUUCAAUCGACAAUUGGAAUGGCGAUCCGGGAAAGAUCUUCGCAGAGCUCUACAUUAAUCAUAAUCUGCAAGAGAAUAAAACAGACUGCAAUGGAAAAAUUUGUGAUUUUCAUUUCACAAACCUCUACUACUCAACAAAAUAUACAAUUAAGGUGUAUGCCCAAAAUGGUAAUGGGAACAGAACAGUUAUCCUUGAUAUGGAUCAUUCCACUAAAUCUGUUGUGGCUGACACAACUGGAUCAGGAUUGGUUGUCCUGCUGCUGUCAGUCACCGGUGUGUGUCUUUUACUGGCUGGACUGUGUCUCUACGCGUGUAUCAAUGCUGAUGAGGUUUACACAGAGGUGAUGUACACACUCUCCACUCAUCAGUUCUCAGAGGAAACACACCUCCUUUCAACUUCCUCUGAAUGAUGGACACUGAACCCCUUCUCUUCUGUCACACACCUCUCAGUUUAAAGUCUGAACUAAUUGAAGUCUUAUUUGUUCAAUAACAGAAAUGUUCCUAACAAUUAAUUUACAUUUUACAUUUACAUUUACAUUUAUGCACUUAGCAGACGCUUUUAUCCAAAGUGACUUACAAAUGAGAAAGAUACAAGCAAAAAUGAGAA